AUGGAGUCUUUUGGAGCUCUCAAGCGUCGGACGACCGAGAUCCUACAAUCCCUUCCCCAGAACCUUCCCGCCAUGCCGAACAUACCCAACGUGAAGAGACCGUCUCUGUCGAGCGGUAAAGGCCCAAAGGCUAUGAAGGCCACUUGGGAGCGAAUCGACGUCCCGCCCCUCGCCCGUUCCUCCCACACCGUCAGCGUCGUCAACGGUUCUGCCUACGUCUUCGGCGGCGAGAUCAACCCUCGGGAGCCCGUCGACAACGAUGUCCAUGUCAUCAGACUGCCUUACAACAGUGCAGGCGCUGAUUACUACAAGAUCAAGUCCGCCCCGACGAAGCAAUACAUCCCGCCCGUCGAGAAGAAAACCGACGAGACGGUUGAGGAGCCGGCCGACGCCCCGAACGUCGCGGAAAAGGCCGCGCUGAAGGAACAGCUCCUCGACGAGGUUUCCCUUGCUUCACCGGGCGUCGCAGGAGACGACGAAGAUUUGUCCGCCGAGACCGGCGCGGGAAGCACAUCCUCGGAUCCUGUCUUGGACAAAGGCAAAGGCCCGGCUCUUGCCGAAACUCCCUCUCUUGGUGAUGUACCGUCUCCCCGUGUCGGCCAUGCCACCGCCGUCAUUGGGAGUCGUAUCUUCCUCUAUGGAGGUCGCGGAGGACCGGACAUGAAACCCCUUGAAGAGGGUGGUCGCGUCUGGGUCUUUGACACCCGUAUCAAUACUUGGUCCUUCCUCGAUCCUGUGCCACCCGCUCCCGGAGUGACCAUCUUGCCGAUGCCCUCGGCGCGCAGCUACCACUCAGCCGCCGCGACUGAUCGUCCUCGCGACUUUGUUCCCAAGCAUGCGCGUGGCAAGCAAACCUGGAGGGCCUGGGCCCAAGGCGACAGCGCCGAGGUGGGUAUUCCUCAAGCUCCCAUUGUUGGCCACGCUGCCGUCAAUGCCACGGACGAAGAGGAUGAUGGCUAUGGCACUUUCUUCGUGCAUGCCGGUUGCCUGGCGAGCGGCGAGCGCACUAAUGACCUUUGGGCCUUCGACGUGCGGUCCCGAGUGUGGAGCCAGCUGCCUUCGGCGCCCGGACCGGCGCGUGGCGGCGCCGCCAUCACAGUCAGCAAGAGCCGGCUAUUUCGCUUCGGCGGCUUUGAUGGCAAAACUGAGAUUGGCGGACAGCUUGAUUUCAUCCACCUUGAGAUGGACACCUUCGACGACGGUGUUUCCAAGGGUGAAAUCGCAGUCCACGGCCGUGGCGGUUGGCAGAGCAUUGUCCAGGGUGCCAACUCUGGCGAGCAGGAAAUCCACCUCAUUCCGGGUCAGACGUGGCCCGGAAACAGAAGUGUGGCGGGUCUCGAGGCCGUCACCGUUGGUGCCGGACGCGAGUACUUGUUGCUCAUCAUGGGUGAGCGCGAACCCAGCUCGAAUGGUCACUCCGGCGCCGGCGCCAUGUGGGACGAUGUCUGGGCUUUCCAGGUACCGCCUAUUGGCAUGACCGCUGCUAGCGUGCGGGAUGCUAUGUUGCAGGCCAUUGGUCGGCCGACGGGUGAGGGCAAGUGGACAAAACUCGUGACGGAGCCGUAUGAUGAUGACAACGAUGAUGGUGAGCCAGCGCCGCGCGGUUGGUUUGCAACAGCACCAAUGGGGGAUGUGGAGGAGGCUGGUGUUGUUGUCUGGGGAGGACUGAGCUCUGAGAACAAGAGACUGAAGGACGGUUGGAUUUUGAGGAUCCCCGAGUAA